GCUGUGGUCCACGUCCAUGCCUGUCAAUAUGUCAAUACAUGAAUGAAUUUUACGAUAAAAAUUAAGUUUUGAAUGUAUAGUAUAAAAUUUUGUCAUGUAUUUAGAUUAAGUUAGGUAAACAACGUAUCUAGUACAAUUCGUGUGAAUAGACGGGAUUAUUUACUUUUAGAUACUGUAGAAUAAUUCUUCUCUCCUUAGCGUAUUUAAUUUAAAGAUGAAUAAAAAACUGGAAAAUGAGAUUCGGUGCUAUGCCAACAUUUCCGCAGAAGCUUAUAAUACAGAAAAGGUAGUCACGGAUACAACAACAGAUCAGUUGGAGGUUGAAGCUACAGUAUUAAAAAUAUUUAGACAAUUUGAAAAGGAAGCAUCCAUUGAUCCUGAUCUGCCAAUACUUAAUAAACGGGUUCACAGUAAGCAAUUAAAAACUUGGUUGAAGGCACUACCAAAAGGAUAUGAGUGCUUGGAUGCCAGCAGACCAUGGCUGGUGUACUGGAUUUUACAUGCUUUGUGGAUCUUAGAUGACAUGCCUGACACAGAGACAUUAUCUAGUGCAGUGGACUUUCUCGCUCAUUGCCAACACGAGGAAGGGGGCUAUGGAGGCGGCCCAGGACAAUAUCCACAUUUAGGAACUACUUACGCUGCUGUAAACGCCUUAGCUAUAAUAGGGACAGAUGAAGCAUACGAUUCAAUAGACCGCAGCUCUUUACAAAAGUUUUUAUGGACUCUUCGAGAUGUAGAUGGCUCCUUUGCCCUUCAUAAAGGAGGGGAACAAGAUAUAAGAGGAGCGUAUUGUGCAGUAAGCGUCGCUAAAAUGACUAAUACUUACACAGAUCUCUUAUUUGACAAGACAGCAGAAUGGAUAGUUAGUUGCCAAACUUAUGAAGGAGGUUUUGGCGGAUGCCCGGGCAUGGAGGCACACGGCGGAUACGCUUUCUGUGGGAUCGCAUCUCUGGCGUUACUAAACCGGCCUAAGUUGUGUGACAUAGAUGCACUCUUGAGGUGGUGUGUAAAUCGUCAGAUGCGGCUAGAGGGUGGCUUUCAGGGACGAACUAAUAAACUUGUUGAUGGCUGUUAUUCAUUUUGGCAAGGGGCUGCUUUUCCUAUAAUCAGUGCUAUCUUAGCUCAAGAAGACAAAGAACUUAUAGAAACGUGUUUAUUCAAUCAAGGUGCCUUACAAGAAUACAUCAUUGUUUGCUGUCAAGCCAACGACGGUGGCCUAAUAGACAAGCCUGGCAAAGCGCGUGACAUCUACCACACAUGCUACACGCUGUCAGGGCUGUCGAUCGCGCAGCACGGCACGGGCGCCGGCGACCCGUUCGUGGUGGGCUCCCCGCGCAACGAGCUCAACCGCGUGCACCCCCUGCACAACGUGGCACCGCACCUUGUCUAUAACGCCGUGCACUACUUCAUCAGGCACCCGCCGCCGGUCAAGGAUUUCAGGAAAAACUAGGUUGUUUUAGAUCUUCAAUUAUUUAGCACUGAUGAUGCACGAUGAUGCGUGCUUCAUAACAAAUGAUAAAAGUAAUAGGACGCUAGUAACUUUUCUAUCUAAAAUAAUUAAUCUAGUAAAGUAACAGUUCGAUUUCGGUAAUGAAUAUCGCAAUAAUUGCUCAAAAAUGCAUACUAGUUACUACUAUAAAAAAUAACUAGUCCUUCGAACCGGAUAUAAAGAUCCAUAACUAUCAACUGAUCCCUGAAGUUAGUCAAACUGACAUUUGUUUUUAGGGAAAAAUGAUUAUUUUCAUAUGUUUUGCUCCUGAUAUUAAACUUUGCAAAGUUAUGGCUGUAAUUGUAGGCAGAUAUGGUCCUUCGAACAAGAUUUUAAAUCAAAAUAGGCCUUCUGGAGAUCGGAAACACGUUAUGUAAUAUCAGAACAUUUUUAUUAAACAAACCUGGGAAAAUAAUUUCCAGUAGCUACACUAAAGUUUAUCUAGAUCAAACCGUAUAUAUUAUUGAACCAAUAAAAUAAAGCCCUAUAAGUAGAACCAAAGUGUGAAUAGACCAAAAACGAAAAUGCCAGAAUAAAAGCUGUUUAAGCAUUUCCGACUGUAAAAUCCAUACAAUAAUUGGAUCCUGCUAUGUUAUCGAACGUCUAAGUAGAGUUAAUCGUAAAACGCUCUUAGGUAAUUCAUGCCUUGCAUAUACAUGGGUAUUUAAUGCGAGUGUUUUAAUGACUUCAAUGAGAUAUAACUAUACGUGGGACAUACUGAAAAUUCAGGAAUAUCAUUAGUAAAACUACGUAUAUUUAUAUGACCAUGCAGACAGAGCAAUUCAAAAUUUAAUGGCAUUUUACGGACUUUGAGUAUAUUACGUACUUAUUUCAAUUUACUUGUAAGCGAAUAUCAAUUUAUUUAUGUAUUAAGUAUAUAGUAAUACCAAAAAGAGACUUAAGAUGUUGGGAUGCCAUUUUGAAUUGUAUAAAUUCUACUUAAAAUCUUUUUUUGCCAUGGAGAGUAGGCACUUACUAUUACUGCCAUCUUAACCGUCAAUGGAUUUCAAUCCCAAUAAAGCGUUCCAACAUAUUAUGAUAAUAUUACGUACCUUUUACGAGUCUUACGAGCAAGACUAUAUUACGUAUCGGACGGUAUAGAGUAAUUUUCCCACAUUUGGUUAUACUAAGUACAAAUUUUCUCUUCAAAUAGCCUUGCGUGAUUCUAUUCAUCUACAGAUAUAUAUGUAAAUAUGUAGCGAUAAAUUACGCAAUCAACUUGAUUGCUUUAACAUUAAAGUAGUUUCUGUAUCGUCAAGAUUAUACAUAAAGUAUAUAGACGAUUGCGCAGCUUAGGUAAGCAAUUUGAUUGGUAUAAGUUAAAAUGUGGUUAUUAUGAGCUCGGUUAUAAUCUUGAAUACUACUUGUCGUCUAACUAGAAGUGCUGUUCAUGUGGGGGACCCUUAUUCGUAUUAGCUUAUUGCAUUCAAGCUCGUAGAUAAUCUUUAUAUCCUUAGUCCAUUUUUAUAGAUAGAGUAUCACUAUACGUAUACCACGCCACUGCGUGGUGUGAUAUACGUUGUUAAAAGGCUUUAAGUACACAUUAUUUUAUUCCUACUAUUUAAUAGUGAAUCUGAAUAAAAAGACAAAGACGUUGUGUUGAGAAAUUUAACAUUGGUACUCUAAUCCGGUUUCUGAUAAAUUAAUGAAUGAUAACUGGAACAAGAUAACAAUAAGUUUACGUCUAAUGUAAUAAGAAUGUAGUCAAAUUAAAACCGACUUUUUACCUGAUUGUGUAUCCACAAUAUGCACGAAUGCUAAUAAUCAUACUAACAAUCAAAAACACAAACAUUAUAGGACCGAAGAAAAAAAAAUUGGAAAAGAAAAGAGGCGGAAAACGUUUUUUACCAAGGGGGCCGAGUGCGAUAAUGGUUGAAAGAUCCAGGGUUAAAUACUAUUAGAACGUGCUGUAUAGGGACCGUGCGCGUUGGAGGGUCUGCCAUCUUGUGGCCUGAAUCGGAACAAUAAACAUUUACAUUUACACGUCACGUGUUUUCCUGUGCAUAGUAGGUUCUGCCAUCUUGUGGGCUACAUCGGAACAAUAAACAUCACAUUUACGCCUCGCGCCAAUAAUCUGACGGCUCCUGUGCUGCCUCCUACAGUUCAUGCACGCUCCCUAUAAAUAAAAUGUCGUUUUGUAAAUACCUAGACAGCUGCCAGUCAGCAUAUCUUGUGGCAUGGAAAAUCCGACCAUAAUGAAACAAUGUUAACACAUGUGACUUGGUAUUCUGGCACUUAAUGCAAUCGUUUUCGAUAGGGCCGUAGGUACCUAAAAUAAUUGUUAAAUAAUAAUUCCUGAUUAGUGCUAAUUUUACUGGAGCAUAUAUGACGGUACCUAGGUCAAGAUCUAUAGGUAAACUGUAAAGAUGGUGGAAUGUAUUUUUAUAACAUGUGUAGACAUAAAUGUACUUAUAGUGCAACAGUUUUAUUUGUAUUAAAAACAAUAAACAUUUUCGCAACGGU